AUGCGCACGCAAAUGUUCACGCAACAGAACGGAGAUAGGCCUUCUGUAGCCAACAUUGCUAUUCUUCUCACGGACGGUGUCUCAAAUGUAAAUGCUUUUGAUACGAUUCCCGAAGCUGAAAAGGUUAGAGCUGACAACAUCCACAUCUACGGCAUCGGUAUUGGCCUAGCUGACACUAAGGAAUUGAGCCAGAUUGCGUCCUUACCAAUCUCUGAGAAUAUGUUUGUGGUCAAGACCUUUGAUGAGCUUUCCGUUUUGAAAGAGAAAGUGUUUGAACAGUUUUGUCCAGGAGGCUUCGAACAAACAUCACGGGCAAUAGUGACCCGACCUCCAAUCACUGUGGCCCCUACUGCAAGAGGUGGAUGUGCCAAUGCUGAAUCUGACAUCAUCUUCAUUUUGGAUUCGUCCACUAGUGUCAGUGCACCAAAUUUCAAGAAAAUGCUAGAUUUUAUAGUCGAUUUUGUAUCCGCUGCCGAUAUAGACAGUGGAAGCGUGCGAAUUGGAGCUGUUCUGUACAGCACGGACGUAGAAAUACAAUUCCACUUGAACAAGUAUAGCACAAAACAAGAGGUCAUAGAUGCAGUAAGGGAAAUCCCAUACGUUUAUGGUAGCACAAACACUUACGGUGGACUCAACGUAAUGCGCACGCAAAUGUUCACGCAACAGAACGGAGAUAGGCCUUCUGUAGCCAACAUUGCUAUUCUUCUCACGGACGGUGUCUCAAAUGUAAAUGCUUUUGAUACGAUUCCCGAAGCUGAAAAGGUUAGAGCUGACAACAUCCACAUCUACGGCAUCGGUAUUGGCCUAGCUGACACUAAGGAAUUGAGCCAGAUUGCGUCCUUACCAAUCUCUGAGAAUAUGUUUGUGGUCAAGACCUUUGAUGAGCUUUCCGUUUUGAAAGAGAAAGUGUUUGAACAGUUUUGUCCAGGAGGCUUCGAACAAACAUCACGGGCAAUAGUGACCCGACCUCCAAUCACUGUGGCCCCUACCGCAAGAGACAGUGGAAACGUGCGAAUUGGGGCUGUUCUAUACAGCACGGACGUAGAAAUACAGUUCCAUUUGAACGAGCAUAGCACAAAACAAGAGGUCAUAGAUGCAGUAAGGGAAAUCCCAUACGUUUAUGGUAGCACAAACACUUACGGGGGACUCAACGUAAUGCGCACGCAAAUGUUCACACAACAGAACGGAGAUAGGCCUUCUGUAGCCAACAUUGCUAUUCUUCUCACGGACGGUGUCUCAAAUGUAAAUGCUUUUGAUACGAUUCCCGAAGCUGAAAAGGUUAGAGCUGACAACAUCCAUAUCUAUGGCAUCGGUAUUGGCCUAGCUGACACUAAAGAAUUGAGCCAAAUUGCAUCUCCACCAAUCUCUGAGAAUAUGUUCGUGGUCAAGACCUUUGAUGAGCUUUCUGUUUUGAAAGAAAAAGUGUUUGAGCAGUUUUGUCCAGGUAGAUAUGAGCAUGUCUGA